AGUACGGGGAGGCCGCCAUGGCUGACGGAGCUAAGGUUGAGUUUAAGAUUACCCUCACAUCGGAUCCCAAGCUGCCUUACAAGGUAGUGAAGGUUCCUGAGAAUGCUCCCUUCACAGCAGUGCUCAAGUUUGCUGCAAACGAGUUCAAAAUCUCGGCUGAGAGCAGUGCAAUUAUCACCAACGACAACGUCGGUAUCAACCCUGCUCAGUCUGCUGGUAAUGUAUUCAUGAAGCAUGGUAGGGAUCUUCGCUUGAUCCCCCGUGACCGUGUAGGAUAGACAG